AUGUACUCCGGACAAUCCCUACCUUACUCCUACGCGUCGAAUGCACCGCCGGGGUACAUCUCGUCGCCGGAGGCACGUCGCGCCCUUGAAGACGACAAAGAAAAACAUACCUUAAGACAAUCCCUCCCAUCAAUCCACGAGGCCCUCGGCAAUGACAACCCUCUCCCUUAUCCUGCAUCUACCUCCGCUCCACCUCCACAAUCCGCACACCCUGCACCGCCGUCACAUCUCAUCGGACGACCAAGCGCAGAAGGUCCAGCUGGACCACCGAAUCCCUUUUCGAAUGGACCACCGACGGGACCCUUGAUGCGGGAACCCAAUUUUCCCCAUCAAGGUCAGUUACAGGAUGCAUCGCGCUCUAGUCUCGCCUCCAUCAGCACACAAGACUCACGCAAUCCUUCACUACACUCUAUCAGCACGGGAAAGUCUCCUACACAAAGUGCCAAAACAGGGAUCACUUCGGUUGGCUCACAAAAUUCAUCCGGAUAUGAGUACAGUGCACCAACCUCCGCUGGUAGUGUGCCUUCGCCCAAUGGUUACGGUCAUUUCCCUCCAAACUACUCCUUCCAACCUCAAUCCGGUAGCCACUCAUACCCUCCUGCUCACUACGAUAACCGUUCAUACAUGGGUGCACCGCGUGUGGAAGAAGUCAAGGGUGGAUUUGUGGGUCGACCAGGUCCUCCCCAUAGCGACACUGGAAAACGGCAUCUGGACGUCUAUGAUGUAGAGACAUCUUUGAAUGAGAUCGCCGAAUUAAGUACGCGAACCCUUGACUUUUCACGGCACUACGCGGCUCGCGCACAUCAGACACAGCGAUCUGGCCCACUACUAGGGUCCCUCCCCUCGCUAAAUGAGGUGGAGGACAUGCUUCAUAUGCAACGGCGGAACCAAGAUGCUCUAAUUCGGAUACGCACGGCCGUGGUGAACCAGGAACAGGCUCUCGCCGAACAGAUGGCGCAGCGAAAGGCGUUCAAAACCGAAGAUGAUCACAUGGCCAUGUACCAAGAGGACUUUAAAGGCACGGGUGGGUUUGCAGGUGCAGAUCCAAAGAAAAGGCGCGGAAAAGCAGCCCCUCCUGGUCGUUGCCAUAGCUGUAACCGAGCCGAGACACCAGAAUGGCGUCGGGGUCCAGAUGGCGCCCGGACGUUGUGUAACGCCUGUGGUCUACAUUACGCCAAACUGACUCGCAAAAUGGGCGCUCACAAGGCAGCGAGCCUGGGUUCGAAUCUCAAACCCAAGUCGGUUCUCGACUCCGCUUCGCCGACCAGCCAUUAA